AGAUGGGAAUCUAAGGUUUUCUUUCUUGGAUGUGGAAUGGAGCCAUACCUGACACAGUUAAUAUCUUUAUGCCCAGGCUUUGUAUAUUUGUCUUCAUAUAUUUUUUAAUGUCAAUUUUUAUAUCUAACUGUUUUACCUGAUUGUUGAUUGUGUUUCUUCAGAAUAUUUCUCUUUGAUGUACAUAACUGUUUAUAUUGCACAUUUUGGAUUUAAUUUAUUCAAUUAUGUAUUUUUAUCUCAAGUUACAAUUUGGAUAAUAGUACAUCGUUCAUGUUGGUUAACUGAAGCACCUUAAAUGCUGCAAAUCAGUCUAGCCAUAGACCAAUCCCUUCAUUCAGGAAAAGGUGGAAAUAACUUUACCACCUGCUCCAUUUGGAAUGCUUUUCACCCAAGGACACAAUUAUUCUCAGAUAUCUGGAACUCAAAUAAAGGGGGAAAUAGGCUCAGUUAAAAGAGGGGAAGUGGCCUUGGAAAGCUCAAACAGUUAAGGAGAAUAGAGAUUAUGUAUGUGAUUUUCACCAUUUAAAGCAGAGAUGGAUAAUUGUACUUUCUAGAAGUUGGAGUACAUUUUUUUCUCCAUAUUUAUGCUGGCCAGGUGGAUGUUGAACACCCACAGAACAAUUUCUUGGCCAGUUUGAAAUAUUAUUUUCCAGCUUUUAGAACUGCAUCAUUUGGAAAAUAUUUUUAAAAAGGGAUGUUGCAAAAUAUUCAGGUUCAUAUUUUUUUCAGCAAUAUCAGUUUUUUGCAAAGCCGGUCUUGAAUUCUGAGAGUUGUAAUCUCAAUACAUCUAGGGGACACCAAAUUGGGUAAUAUUGGUUAAUAGGAGAGGAGGAAGAUAUGAUUUAAUUUUUUUCCAGACCUGUUCUAAAGGAACUUAAAGAUACUGAUGUAUGUAACUAUUUUUAAAUUCCAGAAUAAUUCUUCUUAACCAAGACAAUUGAAGAACUUCCUGGAAAGACCUUGACAAGGAAAUAAAAUAUGUCCUUAAGAAAAUUUCAGCAAAUGGCUCUUUUUAUGGGUGUUCAAUGUAUUACAGCAGGUGCUUUUACAUACUACUAUGUACAAAGGGUUUUCUCUAGAACAAAAUACUAUCAGGAUGCUCUUAAGCAACUUGAAGCAGACCCCUUAGCCCUAGAAGCACUUGGUGCUCCCCCUCUGAAAGUUCACUACAUCAGCUUGAGAGACAAGAGCAACCGUGUUGAUAAGUCAACAGCCCAGGUAAAAAUACCAGUAUCUGGAAAAAAGGCAGGUGGUUAUCUUCAUGUUAAUUCAGAAAUGGAUUUUUCCCUCAAAAGCUGGAAUCUACAGGAAGUCACACUACAGCUCUGCAAUGGCCACAGAAUUCCAGUGUACGUCUCUUCUGUGAAGACUAUUUCUGGAUAAUAUACGUAAUAUAGAGAACUGAGAUAUUAUUAUUAUUUGUAUUAGUAUAUUCAAAUUAAAUAAAGAUUCUUAUGGACAUCCAAAACAUAUGAACCAUUUAUUUAUUAUUUAAAG